AUGAUCGGCAGCAUAUUCUUCAUCUUCAACCGCUUGGUGGAGAUCACCUUCUUGAUCCCCAUCAUCGGCAUCAUGUCCUACUUCGUCCACGGCUACCUAAAAGCCAACAUGCUCACACCCCCCUACAUCCUCGUGAUCUUCAUCGUCAGCGUGAUCGCCGCCUUCUGGUGCAUCGACACCCUCAUCCGCUUCUCAGCAACCAAGCGCUCGGCGCUCUUCGUCUCAUUCGUCGACCUCCUCUUCAUGGGCGCCUUCAUCGCCGGCAUCUACGAGCUGCGCUUCAUCGCGAAUCAGAGCUGCUCGCACUGGGACGGCGGCUCGGUCUGGGUGUCCCUCGGUCCAUUUGGCGAGUACGGCGAGAGCAUCAACAACGGAUAUCAUUUGGAGAUCAACAAGACGUGCGCUAUGCUCAAGACUUCCUUUGCCAUGGGCAUUAUGGAGGUGGUUUUCUUUGCCUGGACGGCUUUCUUGGCGCUCUUUUUGCAUACGCGUGGUCAGCGCGAGGUCAUUGUUAAGGAGACGACUGUAAGGAGACGGAGUCAUAGUUCGCGACGCGGUCACUCUAGUGGACAUCGGCAUCGGAGCUCGAGCCGGAGGCCCGCGUAUGUGGUUUAG